CCCAUGAAGAAGCAGCAUCUGAUUUUGAGAUAAUGCCUUCUACUUCUACAAAGCUGUCUGCAGUUUUAUCAGAUAGUGAAAAAAGAUUGCAAAGUGUCUCCACCGAUCCAGCUGUUACUUUUACAACUAGUGAAAUACUGUCAAUGUCUGCAUCAUUGCAGAUAUCUAAUUCCACAGAUAGCCAGGUUUUACCGCAAACUAUUUCCAUAGAUUCAUCUAAUGCCCUGAUAAAUAGUGAAACUUUGUCACAUCCUGCUUCAGUCGUACCAUCUGCUACAUUUAUAACUGGUGACAUAUUGCAGGCUACCUCAAAUGAUUCAUCUCCUUCAUCUACUGAAAACAAAAUAUCAUUGUGGCAUAGCACCACAGCUCAAUCUUCUACUCAACCAGACAGUGCAGGCACAGAAGUGUUAUUCAAGCCCACGUCAACCAGUCCAUCUUUCAUCACAGAGAGUGAAGUGUUAUCCCAAUCUACUUUAACAGGCCCAUCUAUCAUCGAAGCAAGAGAACUGGUGUCUGAGUCUACCUCAACUGAAAGUGAGAAAUUAAAACACGACCACAAUGUCAUCACAACAGAGAUUUCACACAUUCCUGGCACGGAUUUGGAAUUAUUUCCAGAAAUUUCUCCUCCCUCUGUGCUCCCAAGUGAUUAUUUGGAACUUGACCUUAAUAUUGCAUCUUCAGGCAUCCUUUCAUUUGAAAGUGUGUCUGAACCACCUCCUCUCAAUCAAUAUUUUGCUGCUACAUCAUUUCAGCCAAUUGACAAUGCUUGGAAAAGCAUGUCAUUUCUAGAGGAUAACAUGAUGUCAACAGAUGAUGUUCCAAAAAUGGAUGCAACAACAGCUUCAUCAGUUUUAAUGACCUCAACAACCCAGCUGCCAGAUACAUCAAUCACAUGGCAAAACAAAGAAAGUCUGACUAAACCACUUAGUGAACCACUAGUUCCAGAAGAUGAAAAAUCUUCAGGAAUUGACUUUCUCAAGGAAUUCCAAGUACUUUCUUCAGGAGCUGUAGAAGUAGAAGGAUCACAGCCAUAUAAUUCAGCAUUCCGGCUUACUCCUUCAUUAUAUCUGAGAAAAGAAACUGGAUAUGUGUGUCCAGAUGGAAUUCCCUCUGAGUAUUCCAUUAUCGCUACAUUCAGGAUGUUGGGAGAAACCACACAAAGCAUUUGGAAUUUAUGGGAAGUCAGUGACAUAAAUGGAAGGGAGCAAGUCGGCAUUCGUUUCUUUGGGAACUCAAAAUCUUUGGACCUUUUCUAUAGAACUUCAGAUAAUAACGUCAUCUCCCAAACAUUCAACAAUGUGCCUACACUUUUUGAUGGAUCCUGGCACAAAUUAGCACUAAGUGUAAAUAAAAGAAAGGCCAAAUUGCUAAUCAACUGUACGCAAGCCAGUGAACUUCUGCUCAAUGACCAACAUGAAAUUAAUGGAAAUAGUUACACUUCAAUUGGAAAAAGGAUGCUGGACAAUUCAACAGCUUCACUUGAUCUGCAACAACUAGAGCUGCACUGUGAUCCAGAAAAAGCCUUUUCAGAAGGAUGCUGUGAAUUAUUUGACUUUUGUGACAGAAUUUCAGAAUCCAGUCUUACCAGGAAUCCACAGCAUUGCAAAUGUUCCCAUGGAAUAACUUGGCAGCACGAUAACACAGGCUUACAGGGGGAGAAAGGAGAACAAGGCAUGGCUGGAGAACCUGGAAGGGCAGGGGCUCAGGGUGUAAGAGGUCACACUGGUAUGUAUGGAAGAGUUGGUGACACUGGACUUAGGGGUAUAGCAGGAAUCAAGGGAAAUAAGGGAGUAGAAGGAAGACCAGGCCAAAGGGGUAUAGAGGGUCCUAAAGGUUAUAAAGGAUUGCAAGGAACCAUUGGAUUUAAGGGAGUCUCAGGAUCACCUGGACUAAGAGGGCAAAUGGGACUACAAGGUGAAAAGGGAAACAAAGGUGAAACAGGACAUGAAGGCAUAUGGGGAUUACAGGGAGUGAAGGGUGACAAAGGAUUCCCUGGUAUUGAAGGCAAACCUGGCAUAAAAGGAGCCAGAGGUCUUGUGGGUGAUCCAGGGUCACCUGGUAGGAAAGGUACCAAAGGAAAACUUGGAUUUCCAGGAGCUGAUGGGUUACAGGGAGAAUCUGGACAUAAGGGAAUAUUAGGAGAUCUAGGCCAACCUGGAAGAGAAGGAGUCCCUGGCAUUGAGGCAUAUCAAGGACCACAGGGUCUGCAAGGACCAAAAGGCAUUAUUGGACGAAAGGGAGAGAAAGGAUUUCCAGGACCACGAGGUAACGAGGGUCCAAUGGGGAAACCUGGACUGAAAGGCCAAAAAGGAGAUAUGGGAAUACCUGGCUGGCCUGGGUAUGUUGGGUAUCCUGGAAUUCAUGGUCAAAAAGGAGACCCAGGAAUGAAAGGACAAAAGGGUGAUACAGGUCCUAUUGGAACAUUGGGCAUUGAAGGUCUCAAGGGUGAAAAAGGACACCAAGGAGCAAAAGGAGAACAUGGUGAUGAAGGAGAUCGUGGACCAGAGGGUCCCGAAGGUAAACGAGGGCCUCCUGGCAAACCCGGUAAUCGGGGCCCAGUUGGAGGACAGGGUAUACGUGGUGAUACAGGCCUGACCGGAUCCUCUGGAGCUGCUGGACCUCCGGGGCCAGUCUUCCCCGCCAGUCAUGUGAUUGAGGUCUGCAAAAGACUUGUUCUUGAACAAAUAUCACUAUAUGCAAGUUUAGUGAGACAAAAGUGUUCCAAUGCAUGCCCACUUUAUGGAAAUGUUCCAAUGGGACCUCCUGGACCAGUUGGUGAGAAUGGACAACCUGGAAAAUCUGGCAAACCAGGAAUUAAUGGACAGGAUGGACAGCAAGGCCUUGAAGGGUACUAUGGAGAACCGGGUGAUCCAGGAUUGCAAGGACAGAAAGGCAAUCAUGGAGACAAAGGUGAUCAAGGUUCUCAAGGUGUUGGCCUCCCUGGAUUUAUAGGAGCACAAGGCUCAAGAGGUGAGCAUGGAAAGUCUGGAUUAGGCAUACCUGGACAACCAGGGCAACAAGGUCCACGAGGUCAUAGAGGGCAACGAGGCUUAAGAGGACAUCAGGGAUAUAGGGGACCUCCAGGUGUGUGUAUCACAACAGGAUGCGAGUGGAAUAGGAUUUCCAGUGCCCCAGUUCCUAACACUGAAAAUCAACAUCCUCAGCCACAACGCAUUCAACUUCCACAGAAUUUCAUUGAUCAGGAAGAGUAUGUACAGAUUACAAAAACAAAAUUUAGAAGCAAUUAAACAAAUACAUUUAUUGAAAUAUUUUAGUCUCAAUCCUAUUUUCAAAUACAUGUUAAAAUGUAGAUUUUAAGCCUAAAUGAUAGGAAUUCUUGUAAUACAACAGUAAAUUUGAUAUUGUAAUCAGCCUGAAAUAAAUUUUUAACAACUA